AACUUCAUCCAUUUAGUAGUGCUGCCAAACUCCAGAGGAGCUGCAAGGAGACACAAGCGAUUCACAUGAGACAUAGCUCUUCAGUUUGCGCACUUUCUAGGUCUUCCACAUAGGCUGCACUGAAAAAAAUGGAACAGUUGGAAAACUCCACAGCAUCACCCAAACGCCUCUUCCUGCACACGCAGAGCACCGCGCACUCCCAGGCGGACAAAAACGACGCGUACCUGUACAUAUUAAUAGUCAUGUCUUUCUACGGAAUCUUCCUCUGUGGUAUAAUGCUGGGCUACUUCCGCUCCAAAAGGAGAGAGAAAAGGAGAAUCAACAUCUUCACGCGCCUCGUGCACGAGGAGGAGCAGCGGGAGUGGGGCGCGCUCCCCAAGAAACACAGCCUUACCUUUCCCGCCGCCGUCUCGGAGCUGCGCUCGGUGCAGGUGUCCCUGCCUUUCUGCGGUAACCACGGCAACAACUUCGGGCAUCUCCACUACGAGGGCGCGCUGCCAUCACCGCUGGCGUGCGCACAGUGCACGGAAGAGAGCAGCAUCAGCUCCCUGUGCUCCACGGACACGCGCUUCGCCAUAGAGGAGGAGUCGGACAACGGCGCGGCCGACGGGUUGGAGGGGAACGUGAAUUGCAGAUGAUUCAAGCUGAACUUCACCCAGAAAAAAACCCUCUGUGUGUUACCGUCCACGGCCAAAAAGAGGAGAAACAUCACCUGGAGAGAAGCACAGGAUGUUCUCAGGCUUCUUCAUAUCACAGAGGCCCAAACAGUCAACAUCAUCCAUGAUGUGAUAUCCACAAAAGGGCUGGAACAAGUCAAACAAGACUGAUAGGUUGGUCAAUGUGAUAUGUAUGCUGUUAGACAGUUUAGAAAGGGGGCAUUGGUCCAGAAUAUUUUUCGUUUGAUGUUUGAUAUUUUUCCAUGAUCUCUGUCUGCUCUCUAUAUUUAGGAGAGUAAGAACAAGUUCUGAUUCAGUGCCACACCUACAUAAUACAUUCUCAGUAGCAACAUGAAACCACAUACAUGCAUUUGGCCAAUCUUUCUUUUUCUUUAUAAACAAGUGAUCGUGGUGAGAGUGAAACAUAUAAUUACAAUGGUCAUUUUUUAUAUGUUUUUAUGUGUUGGCAUAACCUAUAGAUAGUAAUGCAAUUAUUCAAUUCAAUCCUACAACUUCAUUUAUUCAUUUAUCAGUUGUGUGCAGCAGCUCACCACCCAGGUCAACACACACACACACACACACAUCAAGCUAUAUGUUGUAAUAAUUCAUUAAUAGAUUAACAGAUAAAUAUAAAUAUCCAAAUAUAUCUAAAAAAUAUAAUAAAAUAAUUGCACUGAACAAAAGAAUAAAAUAUGAUUUACAAUUUGUAUUAGUGAUUAUACAGCACACUAUUAUACUAUAUUAUUUCAUUGUAUAACUAUGACUUGCCUGAUUUGAUGGUGACCCCACCCUGCUGGAGCCCACUUCUGACGCCACACUGAGAACCAACUCACUGGUUUGGGCUGAUGACUCACCCUGCAGGGGACUGAGUGAGAGACCGCCUUUCUGGCUCUUUGGACUGAACUUGACUUGCUCUUGCCAGCAUGGUCUUGAGUAUUGAAACGUACCUGGAACCCACUUGAAAGAUUGUCUAAACUAAAAUGUAUUUGUUGUAGCUUCAUGAUCAGCACUAUUCAUACACAGUCAAUAAUGUAGGUUUACUUGAUGAAAGCAAUGCACUCUACAUAUUGUUGGUAUUUUUCACUUCAUGAGGCUUAAUUUCUGAUAGGGUCUUUGUAGUGUUUCAGAAAACAAUAAAUGCUUCUGAAUUGA